CAUGAAGCUCGUGAAGAUAUUUGUAAUUAUUUAUGUAGUUAAAUCAAUCGAGGGCUGCAGGGGGCCUGUCCCGACCGGGGUAACGAAGCCGCCGGGGCAGAGGGACUGGGAUAAAUGGAAUCUGCCACCUUAUAACGAUGAUUGGGCGGGGUUUGUUGAUUUAUUAGGAACGAGGGAGAUCAAAAAGGACAAAUCGGCGAACUAUGGCGUAGAAGACGACCGUAUAAAAGACGUACCAGGAUUUCCCAGUAGAUGGAUGGAUGUUGGACCUGGUAAUCCUGGACAUGAUCCACCGAGCAAUGCUAAGGUUGUUGGUUAUGUUGGGCAAGCCGCAUAUUGUCUGGAUCUAGCUGACAAAGGAACUGGUACAACAUUUUGGUAUUUGCGAUGGUAUUACGAUCAUAUGCGAGGUCGUUGCAGAAGGUUCGUGUACUCCGGUUUCGGUGGGAAUGCUAAUCGGUUCAUAGACAAGUUGACAUGCGAAAAGAAUUGCAAGCACCCUCCACAACCUUGCUGCGUUUCCGAAGUAAAGAUUGACUUCGAAAAAUUCUUAAACCCUGAUGGGGCACCAACCUUUGGUUAAUCAAUUAGUAAUAUCGGUCGACACGUAAGCUGGUU